GUGGAGGUGAUUAUAGUUUCUUCAUGAUCUCUGCCGGAAAGUUACGUUUUAUUACGGUAGAACGUCGGCAUAUCGAACCUCUAAAACGAAGUCCUCGGUAUAAUCACUGUAUAAUGGACGAUAUGCUUCGCCGCUAAAGGAAAAGUAAUAAUGAAAUAUCUCGAUUUAACGAGCCCUCGUUAUAUAGAACACUGAUGUGGCUCACUUUUAUGUUCGUAUUUCAGUAAUUUCCAAACAUUUAGAUGGACUAUAAAGCUACUAACACUGGAGCGUUUUAUACUUUCUUUACGUAGGGUCACUAUCCAGUCUGGAAAGUUCUAAGGAUGAUUUUGAAGAGGCAUUCGAUGACACAUCGGGAAGACAGUCGCGACGAGUAGAGAGUAAACGGACCUCAAGGUGUCAAAAAAGUAGAGCUUCGACACGACUAAGAAACGAAUUUUCACAAACUAAAGAAUGUAAGUACAGUCAAACUGUUGCCACUUUCUGCCUUUCUACAGUAAAACGGAAUUUAAUUUGGGGCUGCAAGUUGGCCUGACUGAAUUUUGUGCUCCUUUACCUUCGUUACUUACACAUGCAAUGUCCGUAAUCCAUGUAUAACAUAUAUAAAAUUGACUAGCUUUCACUUUAAUUAAAAAAAAGCUCAUGCCAUAAACGGGUUUUCCAGAUUUUCAUGCCAGGUUUGUUUGCACUAGACAUUCUGUACUAAGCACACAUCGGGGCAUUUACCGUGGCUGCGACGUGGGUCCCGCUUACACUUAUGUCCAGAAAUGCAUGCAAUGGCGAAAAUGGCGAAAAAUCGCCAUCCUCCGCUUAACUAUCCAUUCUAGAUCUCAUUAGUUUCAUUUAUUCCAAGAGGACCACCGUGACAGGGCGUUUCCUUGUUUUCUCUUCAAUUUGUUUUCAUUUGUUUUUCUUUUGUUUGAUUUCAGUCCAUUUCAGCCGUGAGCGAGACUUCGACACUAAGGGAGUGAUUCACUACCUCGGUUUCAAUGCUGGCGACUGUACGUGGACGAAUCCGGCUCGAGUACCAUCAUCCGGAGUGAAAGUGACGUAUUGCGGUGAGGAUGGUCGUGGAGACCCUGAAAAUAUUUAACAAUUAUUCCACGAGGGCGCGUUGGAUAUGAGAUGAUAGAUAGCCAACGAGGCGCAUAGCGCCGAGUUGGCUAUAAUCAUUUCAUAUCCGACAAGCCCGAGUGGAAUAAUUGUUUUAUUAAAAACGCCCACAAAAUUUCGUUGAAUAGCCCCGACUCGAACAAACUGGAAAAGACAAGGGACUUCCGCUAUUGACAUGUCACACGUCUAUCAAAACUGUCAACGCGCGAACCGGGCUCGCCUAGACUGCAUGAAUGAAAAAUCAAAACAUUGUGCGAUGAACAUUAGUUUUUUAAAAACUCAUCGUGAUUCUAGGAUUUUACACAGCAGAACAGCUUAAAAAACCUGGCAGAUAAUGUGAAGGAAAGGAAUUUUUAAGUGACAGCCGUCGAAAUUACUAUGAAUUUGGAUUUUCGGUGCAGUUAUAAAAGUAAGAACAACGAAGAAAAACUACCGGUAUUACCUCGGUCGCUUGUUAUGAAGUUGUUUGAAGCCACAACCUGGUUUUGCUGAACGAGAAAAGAAGCUAUACUGCCGCCUCGAUUGCUGUAGUGAAUAGCAGCAUAGCCUGUAUUUGUAGCUGGUUACUUGUGAUUUAUAUUCUUGAUGUCGGAUAAACAAGCUGCAGUUAUCUAUCGGCGAGUGACUCAAUCGGCGAAUGGCUUCGCGAUCAUGAAGAAACAACACUUGUCUUCUUUCGUAGCUGGUCAAGGUACUUUAGUUCCAUGAGUUUUCAUGUGUUUUUCGACAAACUUUCAAACAAGCUCUUGUGGCUUUUUUGUUUGUUUUUGUCUUUUUUCUUUCGUUGAAAUUGCAUUUCUAGUAUUCUUCUAGAAAUGAAUUAAAACGAUUUGCUUCGGGCGCCGUUCUAUCCUUCGCGAAAAAAAAUCUCAGCUAGCUUCCAAUUUUAAACUGACGCGUACACCGACCAUAUAUGGAGAACAUGGUAUAUUAGCUCAUAUACCAUAACGGCUAAGCCAAUCAAAAUGCUAGAAUUGCAUUAUCCAAUGAUUCAGUUUUUAAUAAAUUGGAAUAUUUCACUCCAGUCAACAGCUACACUCGCUCAGGAUGGUGUUUGGAUUUGGGAGACUACUACACCCUAAGACCUACUGACUACACUUUGAGGAAGCUCGGAAGCAAUGACAGGAACUUUCUACAAAACUUUGAACUCCUUGGCAGGCUUUGUAAUGACGAUGAUUGGUGUCUGCUGGGCAGGCAUCAUCAAGUAGACUGGAGGUCGCAGCGCUUCUCACACAUGUUGUCAGGCAAAAAGACCCUUCCCUACAAAACAAACACGUGGUCUGUGAAAGGGGAAGUGGGACCGUAUAGUCAGUUCAAGAUAGUCCAGAUAAAAGACAUGUCGACCGGUGUACCAGGCACGCAUGCUAUGUGCCUGGCUGGUAUCGAGUUAUAUGGAGUACUCAGUGUGCCAUAUUCAGACUAG